AUGCACACUACUAUAACCACCCUAACCCUGACUUCCCUAAUUCCCCCCAUCCUUACCACCCUCGUUAACCCUAACAAAAAAAACUCAUACCCCCAUUAUUCUCUUCCCCACAACAAUAUUCAUGUGCCUAGACCAAGAAGUUAUUAUCUCGAACUGACACUGAGCCACAACCCAAACAACCCAGCUCUCCCUAAGCUUCAAACUAGACUACUUCUCCAUAAUAUUCAUCCCUGUAGCAUUGUUCACCCAAACAUUAAUCAGUUCUUCAAAUAUCUACUCAUCUUCCUAAUUACCAUACUAAUCUUAGUUACCGCUAACAACCUAUUCCAACUGUUCAUCGGCUGA